CGACGCUGGCCGAGUUUGGAGAGAAUCGUCUUCAGGCAAUGGACGAUGCCGGCGUCACUUUACAGGUCGUCAGCCAUGCACCCAACAGUCUUGCCUUGGACACGGUAACUUGCGCCAAAGUGAAUAAUGAGCUCGCAGGCUUGAUCAAGUUCAGGCCUAAGCGAUUCGCCGGAUUUGCAACGUUGCCUAUGGCGCACCCCGAGGAUGCAGGCGAGGAGCUCCGUAGGUGUGUUCAGCAGUUGGGCUUCGUCGGAGCUUUGAUCGACAGCAACUGUGAAGCGAGAUUCUACGACAACGCGCACUUCUGGCCUGUAUUCAAGGCGGCCGAGGAGCUUGAUGUGCCAAAUAUUUGCACCCCUCUCCGAAUGAGCAGACCAAACAUAUUCUAUACGAUGGCAACUAUCCGGCAUCUGUUGCAGAGUGUCUCAGCCAGUAUGGCUGGGGUUGGCACCAACGAGACGGCGAUACACCUCCUGCGUCUCUUUGCCGCUGGGCUAUUCGACCGUUACCCAAAGCUCAAACUUGUACUGGGCCAUCUGGGAGAGAUGUUGCCCUUCCAGCUUGACCGUAUUGAGGGCAUCACCGCACGGCAAUGGCCCUUUUUGGGUCUCAAGCUGGAGAGGCACCUACGUCAGGUCUGGGACGAAUACGUCUGGAUCACCACUUCUGGCAUGUUUCAUCUGGCACCAAUGGCAGCGGUCUUGAGACAAUGUAAACCAGAUCGGAUCAUAUACAUUGUCGACUACCCCUUCAGCAGCAACGUUACAGGGUUGGAGUUUCUGAAGACGUUGAAGACUGAAGGGCUUGUUAGUGAUGAGGUGUUAGGAGGCAUAGCGUAUCGAAACGCUGAACGGUUGCUGAAGUUCGAAGCAGUUUCUUCAUAAUGAAUCAAUUGCAGGUACUUAUGCAGCAGAAACAUGACAGCACCAAGCACAUCGGCACCAAAAGCAAAAAGGAUAUAUCCUAAGACAUAGAGUGGAGGAAGCUGCUGAUCGGUUGUUAGGAUUUUGAAGCAUCGACUGAGGUUGGAUGUACUCACGGCAAAGGAUGGCAGACUUGCCGAAUGCGGAGGACACCGAGCCGGGUCCCAGAAAACUGGCUUCGUCAGACAGUGACCACAUCUA